AUGAGCGGGGAGCCUCGGAUCGAAGCGAAUAUUUGCCUUAAUGGCGGCGAGACCCGUACCAGAUGUUCGGGCCAACGAGCAGCCGGCUCGCCAGCUCAGCUAUCAAAUGGGCCAAUAAUAAGGCCUCGGUUGGAGGGGUGGGGGGGAGGGGAUGUGACUCAGGGCUAUUUGCCUCUUCCGAGCGAUCUACCCCGAAGGCACUCUAAUCCGUGGAGCCACUCUGUUGUCGUUAGGGUCGCUGCCUUCUUUCGCAUUUUAUCCUCCACUGGCUACAAAAAGUGUCGCCACUCUCUCCCAAAACUCUCUGUCAUGCCUUGUUCUGGUCAGAUCCAGCUGUGGCAGUUCCUCUUGGAGCUGUUGUCGGACUCGAGCAACGCCAAUUGUAUCACCUGGGAGGGCACCAACGGGGAGUUCAAGCUCACCGAUCCGGACGAAGUAGCGCGUCGAUGGGGAGAACGCAAAUCCAAGCCCAACAUGAACUACGACAAACUGAGCAGGGCACUCAGGUACUAUUACGACAAGAACAUCAUGACGAAGGUGCACGGAAAGAGGUACGCCUACAAGUUCGACUUCCAAGGCCUGGCAGCGGCCACCCAACCAGCCGCCACCGACCCGGCCGCCUACAAGUAUCAGAGCGACCUCUUCAUGUCCUCCUACCACCAUUCCGCGAAGCUCAACUUCAUGAGUCCACAUCCCAUACCCUCCUCAUCGGGUGAGUAG